UUGUAGCGAAUAAAGGUCUCCAUUUAUGGAUUUCUUUCCCAAGCUAUCCAUGUUUUCUUUCAAGUUUGUGUCACUGCCAACAAAACAAAAUGCCAAAUCGUGUAAAGUUUAGUUUCUUAACCGACUGACUACUUUUUCUUUCUGAGAGAGAACAUUUGUUUGAAAAAGACAAAUGUGAUCCAAGAACAAAACACUCCAAAGUCCAAUAUCAUUUAGAUGAAAUAGAAAUGCAGUGAAGAAAAACAAAUCUUGUUGACGUAUAUGUACUUGGACUGUAGUGAUGUCAAGAUUAAUUAAUUAGCGAGUUAAACGUCCUUGAUUGCAUCGGAAAGAUGUAAAGAAAUAAUUUGAUUACAAUACAGAAGUUUUCUCUGCAUAAAAGUAUGCCAGAUUUUAUGCCUUUUCAACAAUUCAACAAAAUUUUAUUGAAUUGUUGAUAAUACAAGGCACUAUAAUAAAUUUGUAAUUUAUAUGGAAUACGUAUAUUUGUAAUUUAUAUUGUCAGUUUACAUUUUGUAAAUUUUACAAGUUUUCAUCUUGAGUUUGAUUAUAUGAACGGUAAUCUCUGUCUUAUCAAAAUUAAUUUAGACACUUUUAGUUGUUGGUCUGGGGACUAUUAUAGUCUCACUAUUGGUAAAAAAUAAUAAAAUUAAUAAUUACAGUUUUGAAUAUGAAGAACCCAAGUUUGCUAGACAACUUUAGUAAUAAUAAUUACAACAAGCAACCUUGUGAAGAACCUGCAUAAUUAUGAAAAUUGUACGAUUUAGACGUCAAACUCAGAAAUUAUCAUAUCAGCAACAAGCAUAAUUUAAUAUCAUCAUUCGUGAAAUCUGUGUCUUCAGCUCAACUGACUGACAGACAGUCAACCUUCAACCUGAGUCAACCGGCCCCUCCUGACGUCUCCUUCACAGCAGGACAAAAUAAAAUUCUACACAUUUAUUAUUUUGACCAGCAUAUUUUUUUGCUCAAAAAUAAUUUUUAUUUUGAAUCUUACAACUUGCUCGAUUAUCUCAUGUAGUGAAGUCCAGUCCACCGUCCACCCAGACAAUUUUCUCACCAAUUCUCGAACGAAUCCUAAAAAAUUCAAUUUUUCUCCCAGAAUGAUGAUGAGAGGACUACUUGGGCUGGUUCCGACCCCCGCCCCCGUCCCACAAUUUGAAAAUUUUAAUGUCAGAAUUCGAAACCGAUACCAAGAGAAUCUUUACCAAGAAUGGAAAAAUCACGUGGUCAACCUCCUCCUCGUCACGCAAACUGGAAUCGACAUGAGGAAGCUGGGACUCUUAUUUUUUUCAGAAACAUUAUUGAACUAUGGCUGUGGGGAUGGUUUCGUGCCAGUGAAACAAAUGGGAUUUGAAACAUUUGGUGAAUUUCUGUACUCGUUUCGCGACUUAUUUAUCGUGACCCAUUUUCCACAUCAGAAUCCGAACGAUCCGAUGACGAGACUGUUUUUAUUCGUUAACCAUAAUAACACUUACAACGAUAUGAACCGCGACGUAGCCGACGUCGCCAAUCUCGUUCAGCGACAGCGGAGGUUCCAGUUCGACGGCAACUGGAACCACCCAAUUAUUACUCAAGUCAUGUUGUGCCAUCCACUUGUAGUUCGUGAUCGGUUCAUGCCAAUGCCCCCAAGAAAUUUGGUCUGGAUAAAUCCAAACUUGGUAGCGGGUGGGAGCAGCAAAGUAGUUGAAAUCAAAGAGAUACAGUCUGCACCUGAGGUCACCAAGAAGGAUAAAGAAGUGGCAGUUCAAAUUAGCCCGACUUUGGUGACAAGUCCUGUUUCAAUUCCGGUUGCUCCCUCCGAGAAGAUCCAUGAUGGAGACGAGAAGAUCCAUGAUGGAGACGACAAGAAGGAUGAAAAGAAGGUCAAAACAGUGGAUUGCGGCGUCAAUACGUCACCUCAGAAACAGCAAGACGAAUCGGAAGUGGAUCAGGGUUUAGACCAAAACGAUGGUGGUAAUGGGGAUGGCACAAGCUUGAUCAGGCGAUCUUUGUUCUCUCGACGACAUCCACAUCAAAAUGUUUCUGAUCUCUUCUACCGCUUGCCUGUGCCGGACCGCUAUAUUCGCUAUGUAGGACCCACAUCGGGAUCAUGUACAACUUGCAAUCAGCGACUAGAAAUGAACAAGAAGAAAGAAGAGGACAUCGUCACUUUGGCGACAUCAGAAAAAGAGGAUGCUGAUAUUAAAGAAGGUGGAUCAACUGGUAAUCGACUAAUUGGAUCAGGAUCAACGUCUCCAUCUCUGGAUCUCCAAGGCUUGAAAAUAUCACAAGAAGAGCUGGAGCCAAAAGAAGCUCCAGCAGUGGACGACAUGAUUUCUUACUGUCGUUCCGACCCAAUUCCGUCAUUCAGAGCUUUCGCCACAUCUCCGCCUCCAGUCGAAGGGGAACGCAUCGCCCGAGUCGUGAUCGACCCCGAUUUCACCGUUGAAGAUGAAGAAAAUCUCAUGAGAAGCCGGAUUGCACGCCAAACCUUCAAGCGACGUCUUCCAUCCAAACGAACGACCUUUAACACUGGCAAGAACGUGUCACAGGUAUUUCUCGACACUCUGUUUCCCGAGUCAGAUUUUCAGUAUCCGAUCGUCAGCAAUGACCCGUCCCGACCUGUCGUGAGUUCGACCCCGUCCAAUUCAAAGGUUCCACUAGGUCAGAAGCCUGAACAAGUUAAGCGAUUGAACUUCCAUCAACUUUGAAGCAUUUUUUUUAAUUAUGGAGAAAUUGUUAUACUUUUUUACUACUUUCAUACAAUUUGCAGAAUUCUGUCAUGAACAAUAAUUAAUUAUUGUGAAUAAAUGUUCAUUGUCAUGUCAUGCAAA